UGUUUUGUUCGCUGCAGUUGCUCGUCUCAGCCUGAAGGGGGCGGAAGUGUGCGUCACUUCCUGAUCCGGGAGGUGAAGAAGACGCGUGUGCGGUUGUUUUCCCUCGGUUUUUAUCACGAGCUGCAAAUUACAGAGGCUGCAGGUCCAGCGGGGUUCAAGCCAUGUCGGACGGACGGAUCUACGUGGGAAACCUUCCCAUGGACGUCCAGGAGAGGGACAUUGAGGAUCUCUUCUACAAAUAUGGAAAAAUUCGAGAUAUUGAGCUGAAGAAUAACAGAGGCACCAUCCCGUUUGCCUUCGUGCGGUUUGAGGACCCACGGGAUGCGGAGGACGCCGUCUUUGGAAGGAAUGGAUAUGGAUUUGGAGACAAUAAGCUGCGUGUGGAAUAUCCUCGAUCUUCCGGAUCCAAAUUUAGUGGACCUGCGGGAGGAGGAGGAGGAGGGCCGCGGGGAAGGUUUGGGCCUCCGUCGCGCAGAUCUGAGUUUCGCGUUAUUGUGACGGGUCUUCCUCCCUCCGGCAGCUGGCAGGAUCUGAAAGACCACAUGCGGGAGGCCGGAGACGUGUGUUUCGCUGACGUGCAGCGUGACGGCGAGGGUGUCGUCGAGUUCCUCAGACGAGAGGACAUGGAGUACGCACUGAGACGCCUGGACAGCACAGAGUUCAGAUCCCACCAGGGAGAGACGUCCUACAUCAGAGUGAUGGAGGAGCGGGGCCCGAUCACCCCCGCGUCACAUGACCCGCCAUAGCCCACCCUCCCGACGAGCCCCGCUCCAGGAUCACAGCCCUCCGCCGCGCCACUAUCGAUGAGCGGCUGCCUCUCCACCGCCACGACCCCUUUUCUUUCUUCAUUUAGUAAUUUACAUUCCAUUGUAGGAACCUGAAUGGCCUUGUUCACCGUUCGGUUCACGGAGAGCUUGCGGAUAUGUUAAUAAUCACGUGGAUGAUGCUGUAGAUGUUUACAGAUGUGGUUAUGAUUGUGAAAGAUCUGAAGAUGAAUAACCCGUUUAUCCUUCGGGAUUAUUGACAUGAGGCAACAGACUAAAGAUGUGUUGUUUGUGAUUAAUCUGGUCCAUUUCAUAGACAUUGACUUUUAUUAUUUUUUAUGAUUUGAAUAAAAGGCUGCGAUUUUAAAAUGUUUCUUUCUGGAAUCUCCCCAUGUGAUUUUUUUGUUUUCU